AUUUGCUUCAAGCUCAACACGCGUAGUUUAGUUUUCUAUUUAAAAAUGAAAAAUCAAGAUGGUCUUAUUUCUAUUCGUCAUGUCAUAAGUUUUCAAUCACUUGGUUUUACACAAUUUCAAAUAUAUUUUUGUAUAUUAAUAUUUUAAUAAUUAAAAUGAAAAAUAAAAAACUGAAUGGUCUUCAAAUUGAUGCAGUGUCAUAUCGAUCCAAGGUUUGGCGUCUUGCAGUUUACAGUCGAAUAUCUAUUGUGAUUUUGCAGUAUGUCUUCAAUGUGCUGAUUCCAGAUCAUAAUGCUCAAGGAGUGUUCAUAUCGCCAGGCAUUCAUGACAAAGAUGAUACUAGUAUUGGCUGUAUCAUAACUGAUAUCCUUGGUGGUUUCCUUCGUUGGGACGCUCAGUAUUUCUAUCAUAUCUAUCGAUAUGGUUAUACUUAUGAAAAUACAUUGGCUUUUUUCCCGCUAUAUUCCAAUGUCUUACGGUUAUUUACUGCAAUCUUUCCAGGGCAUUCAAACACUAUGUUUCUCAUUGUAGGGGUCUUCUUCAACAACAUCAUUUUUGUUUUUACUGCAUUGGUGUUAUUUGAUUUGACUUUACACAUAUAUAAAAACYCUAAAAAAGCUUAUAAUUCAACAGUCCUGUUUUGUUUCAACCCUGCUAGUGUUUUCUUUUCAGCUCCUUAUUCAGAAUCACUGUUUGCGUUUACAACGUUUUAUGGUAUGUAUCAUAAUGCUUAUGAAAAUAUUUGGAAGUCAUCGUUUUUUUUCUGUUUAUCGGUGUUGAACCGGUCCAAUGGACUACUAAAUGUCGGAUUUUUAUUUUAUACUAUAAUUGAAUCGGCCUUCAAGAAAAGAAAAAUAUCAUUCAAAAGCCUUAUUGGUGUAUGUUUUGUUUUUGCAUGUUUCGGUUUGUUCCAAAUCUAUGGAUAUUAUAAAUUCUGCACUCUGCAAGAACAUACAUUGGAUCCCAAAAUUAUUGAAUAUGCUAUUACAAAUAACCUAAUAACACCAAACAAUAUUAGUGUGCCGAUGUGGUGUGGUAAGCGCUUACCAUACUCUUAUGUUCAAGAAAAAUAUUGGAAAAAUAUGGGAUUUUUAAAUUAUUUUCAAUUCAAACAGAUUCCAAAUUUUUUAUUGGCCUCACCUUGUGUUGUUUUACUAUUAAAGUUUGGUUUUGAAUAUUUUCGUAGUAAUAAUAUAAUUUAUUUGGGUCUUAGAAAUCAAGAUAAACAAGAUUUUGUAUAUGUUGUCCAUUCUACAUUUUUAACCCUUUUUUGUUUGUUUUGUAUACAUGUUCAAGUAACCACUAGAAUGUUAGCAUCUUCAAGUCCAGUGUUUUAUUGGGCUUGCGCAAAUUAUUUCAAGUUACCUCUUAAUUUCAAUAAGAUUACCUACAACCUUAUAAAUUAUGAUUUUAAAUCUAAAUUGGUAGCAUUGUACUUUUUUGCAUAUUUUAUUGUCGGCACAGCGCUUUUUGUGAAUUUUUUACCAUUCACUUAA